GCAGGCAGUCCAAAACAAAAAUAAUGUUAUGGCGAGGAGUUGCUCUGAACAGGAAAUAUUGGCAUGCCUGUCUAAGCAUUUCAAACAUGACUCCUUUAAGAGUGAGCUGCAAAGGAGAGCUGUGCUGGCCGUGGUGCAGGAUGUUAAAGGCUGCUGCAGUUCAUAUAAGUGUUCGAUGUACUGUAUACAAGGUAUACCAUCAGUUACUAAUUUCCCAGUCAGAAAUCAGGGAUCAAGCAAUACUCAAGGAAGCUUGGCUCCCAGGAUGUGUUUGUGUCCAUGCCCACGGGCUCAGGAAAGUCUUUGUGUUACCAGUUGCCAGCAGUGUUGGCAGAGGGGAAGGUGGCCAUUGUGGUGUCUCCUCUCAUUGCCCUCAUUAAGGAUCAGAUGGAACACCUUCAGAAGUAUCACAUUGUUGCUGAAUCCUUAAACUCCAAGAUGACAACCAAGGAACGCAGCAGAGUACUGGCAGACCUGAACUGUGUCAACCCUUCCACCCGUCUGUUGUACAUUACGCCUGAGCAAGCUGCCACCACAUUCUUCCAGAACUUACUACAGCAGCUACACAGAUUCAACAAACUCUCAUAUUUUGUGGUGGACGAAGCUCACUGUGUCAGUCAGUGGGGCCACGACUUCCGGCCUGACUUCUUGAAAUUGGGAUUCCUGAAGAGCAAGAUCCCAAGAGUUCGGUGGAUUGCCUUGACUGCCACAGCCACAGCAAGGGUUGUUGAGGACAUCUUUGCCCAGCUCAAACUAAAGAAACCAAUUGCUAAAUUCAAAGCAUCAUGCUUCCGGGCAAAUCUGUAUUAUGAUGUGCGAUUCAAGGACGCCUUGGAGGACCCUUUUGAGGAGCUGCGGGACUUUGUGCUGGAGGCACUUGGGCAGAACUGGGAGGAGAACAGAACAGUAAAAUCUGGGUGUGGAAUCAUUUACUGUCGGACAAGGGCUGGCACUAUAGAGGUAGCACAGCAGCUGUCAGCCAAGGGCAUCCCCACCAAGCCCUAUCAUGCCGGUCUGAAGGCAAAGGAACGCUCACAGGUCCAGGAGGACUGGAUGGAUGGCAUUGUGCCUGUCAUCACUGCCACUGUGUCCUUUGGUAUGGGUGUUGACAAGGCCUCCGUCAGGUUUGUGGUGCACUGGAGUGUCCCUCAGUCCAUGGCUGGGUACUACCAGGAGUCUGGGAGGGCCGGGCGUGAUGGCAAGCGGUCCAGGUGCAGGAUAUAUUACAGCAAGCGAGAGAGAGAUACAGUGUUCUUCCUGCUGCGCCAGGAUGAGAAAAAAGGGAAAGUGUAUGGCAAGGUCAAGAAGGAGGAGCAAGCUAAGGCAGCCAUCAAGAGCUUUGAACAAAUAGUCAAGUUCUGUGAAGUGCCAAUGUGCCGACAUCUGGCCUUCACUCAGCACUUUGGAGACGACAAGCCAGACUGCAAGAAGAACUGUGACUACUGUACCAAUCGCAAGGUGGUGGAGAAGCGUGUGGAGCAGUGGAAUGUAGCUCUGGUCCGCAAGGAGUCAUACAGGUUUGCUCCAGUGGCGGCUUUUGAAAGUGACUUUGAUGAUGGCAGCCUGUAUGGGGGAGGCAGGAGAGGACUGAAGAGAGAGCAGAAUGAGUAUGACCAGGAUGGUGAUGGAGAUGACAGGGUGAGGGAGGCACAGCAGCAGGAGAAGAAGGACAGAAUAGCAUUAAUCAAGGAGCAGUUUGCAUUGCGUCGAGGGAAGAGCAGCAGGGCCUCCUCGUCUUUCUCAUCUGCCUCGUCAUCCUCCUCAUCAGCAAAGAGCAGACUCAAGGAGCAGCGAGAGAAAGAGCGAGCAGAGAAAGAAGAGAAGGACAGAGCUGACAGGUCAAAGCUCAUCAGUGCUCAGUUCACAUCCAAAAUUGUUGGCCUUAACAUUGCAACCCGAGAGAGUUACCUCCAGCUGGUUUCUCAGGCUCUGUCUAAGAACUAUGAGGUGUGCUGGCAGCCUGGUGCAGGGAGGAGCCACCUGAAGGAGUGUGACAUCGAGGACGUGGCCACCAAGAUGGAAUACCAAGUGUUCACUUCCACCAAUGUCAUGAUGAUGUACCGCAAGGGCAUGAUGUCUCUGAUGAUGAGCCUCAGGAAGGACACUGGAGAGACAAAGUUACGGCAAGAGCUGGCAGAACACCAGCCUCAACUGAGCCUUGGGCAAUUGGCCAAACAGAUUGAGAACAACAUCAAAGACAGGAAGGCAAAUGAGAACUUGGGCUUCAAGACAGCAAGUGAUGUGCUCAAGAAUAAUAAGAGCAAAGAGGAAAGCAAGCCAUCAUUCCCACCAAGGCUGUCCUCAAGGAAAGGUUUUCCCCUCAAGCGUUCCCCCACACGGCAGACUUCUCUCACCUCUUAUUUUUCAAAAGAUGCCACAAAGUCAAAUGCUACUGUCAGCAGUCAUCAGAUGUCAGAGAGUGAGUCUGAUAAUGAAAUGGUUGAUGGAAAUGUCAAGGAAAAUGGAACAGUGGAUGAACAUAGAGAUGAUGAUGUGAUGGAGACAGUAGAAGAUGACAAUGUUGUCUGCAGUGAUAGUAAUUAUGACUCUGAGGGAAACCAAGAAUUUGACAUGGAAGAGUAUUCAUUAUCAGAUCUAGAGGAAGAGGAGAGAACGAAAGAAGAGGGAGAGAGAGAGGAGGACGGAGAAAAAGAGAAGGUGGAAGAGGAUAUUGCCCAGGAGGCAUCAUCUUCAAACACAGAUAUAGUCAGUACCAUCUUGGACAGUGAGUAUAAAUUUGAAGGACAAAGUAAAUACAUUAAAGAAGAAGAAUCCAUGCAAACUUAUGACACUACUGUGGAGAGUGAAAGUAAUUAUAAAACUGAAAUAAAAAGUGAAAGAGAGGAUGGCACACCAUCUAUGAAGGAUGACAUAAAGCAGGAAGCCAUGGACAGUGAAGACCUAUUCUCAGAAACUGAACCAAAUAAUGUGCUCAGCUCCAAUGAGUAUAAUUUUGGAGGAAAGAAAGUUGUUAAGGAAGAAAAGUUUUCCAUGGAAGACAGUAAAUUUAAAGCUGAGGGAAAGAAAGAGAUUAAGGAUGAGGAAAUGUGUGUGGGAGGUGAGGAGAGUGAGGUGAAUGGAAGGGAAUACAAAGGUAUGGAGAGCUUGAAGGAGAAAUCAAGAGGUACUGACCACAAGGAAAUUGAACCUGUAUUAGGCAUGAAGAACUCAGAGUUAUCUCACGAUACUGACCAAAAUAACUGUCGGGACCAGGAGGAGAAGAGCAAGAAAAUAGACAAAAAACGGAGAAGAUCUAGCAGCACCAGACUACAGAUUAUUGACCUCUUUGAGUCCUGUGACGAUUUUGUUGAACCAGUGAUUAAGAAAAGUAAAGUAUCAGACAGUAAAUCCAGUGUAAAACCUGACCAAAAGACUGCAAAUAAGAUUCACUGUGAGGCAAACCAACACAAGGAAUCAAACAGCAGUAGUAGAGGUGAAAAAUAUCGAAGAGAUAAAAGUGGAAGUGAACCUUGCACUGAAAAAUCACCCAGUAGUGUACGCUCACAUAACACUGCUGAUGUCAGGCUACAUUCUCAGCACACCUCCAAAGAGUCUGAAAAAAAGGACAAGAAAUACAAUUGGGACUCUGAGAGGAAUGGAAAAAGUUCAGGAAAAUCCCACGUAGACUCUAGAAGGGAAAGAAAACAUCCUAGUUACUCAACAAAGAGUUCCGACAAAUGUACGGAGGUCAGGGAAGCUUCAAAACACAGUGAUAGGAAGAGUGAUAAAGACAGAGAAAUUAGAUCAAGUGAUAAAGGUAGGGAGAUGAAAAGUAGUAAUAGUAAAAGUAGUAGGAAUUCCUCAUGCAAGCUAAACCAAAGUGCUGUUGAAUCCAAAAGUUCCUCUGGAUCAGCAGUAAAACAAACAGAAACAGUUCCUUCUCAUGGUACCAAAAAGGCUUGUGAGGGGCCUGAAGAUUCUGCCAAGGCAUCUGCAAACUCAACCCUCAGAGGGAUGAACACCUCAGCCCAGCCAGAAGCAGCAAGGGAGGAGAAGCCAGCACACAGAGGAGCCAGUGCAGGGAAGGAGAAGCAACAGGUGGCAGAUUGGGUGGUGAAGUACUUAAUGCCUCACUACAGGAGCAGUGCCAUCCAGGACAAGGCUGUGUUCAAGGCGCUGGCCAGGCACUUGUCACAUAAAGUGGUACUUCAUGCUCAAACCAAAGGUGAGGAGGACGUGAAGCAGUACGUUGAGCACAUCUUUACCAAAAGGAGAAAAAUCACAUCGGAGGCUGACGUGGCACUGCUGUGAGGCUGGACCGCCACCAUCACCACCAGCACCACUACCACCACUGCUGCUGUAUCCUACUGGAGCUGACAUGGGACAUGCCCUCAGCAGGACUGGUAUUGGUGUAGGUAAUCCAGGUAAUUGGUGAGCUGCCUGUCACUUUCACUACCUGGCAUUGGGAGUUAAUUAGCAUCUUUCUUCUUUUCUUUUCUUUAAGGCCCUAAGUAUUGAUAUGUCUGUUAUUUUCAGACAUCAGAUGGAGAAGUUAUUUAUCUCUGCAUUCUAAACUGUUGUCAUUAUAUAAGAAUUUCAUAUUAUAUUAGUUUAGCAUACUUGUGCAGAUGUAAAUGAAAACUAUUUCAGCAUUCCAUAUCAUGAUGUGACUAGAAUUUUGAUGUGGUGUCUAUUUUUGAACCAUGAAAGUGUCUGCAGUGGAUUUAUAGAGGCACCUGUGAUGCACUGUAAAUAUUUUUGGUUGUGAGCAGCAGUGUGGUGAGUCAAGUGGUGGCAGGGGCAGCCUUGGCUCAGGUGAAGCCUACUGAUCACCAUCCUUCUUCCCACUGAAGGGAGAUAUACAGCAGCCUUUUUUUGUAAAACUUACCUCAUGAAUCUGUUACUUCUUAUGGACUGUUUUACUCUAAGUUAUUUAGUCUCCUUACUAUUCAUCAUUUCCUUAUUACACUCACCAUUACAGUCAUUAUUUUCAGUUAACAUCCAUCUAUGAAGUCAUUGCAUUCUUACCAUUCAGGAACCAGACAUUAAUUCAUUCAUGAUCACACAUCUUGGUCUUCAUUUAUCGUCUCCACAUUGCAACCUCCAGGACAUCCUCAGCUCAGUCUUCACAAACCACUAUACUUACUUCCACAAAUGGCGGUGCUACAGUUUGCAGUCUUCCAGAAGAUACUAGACCGUGGUAGUUAUGCAGAAGUGAGGAGGAAGGGGGCGGGGAAGGGCAGAGCAGGCAGGGGCAGGGAUCGGGGAAUGACAGCUUGGGUCCGACUUUGUGGCAUACAGCAGCGUGACCUGCGGCGCCAAGGUCACUGACCCUGGCACACAGACUUAAUAGGCCACUGAGGUGACCAAAUUGUGAAUAAACCAGCGAGGUGUCCAGAUCAUCAUCAUCAUCAUUUUGUCUCGGGGUUCUUAUUUUCUCAAAUGCGGUUACAAAGCCGAAAAAAAGUCUUUGGCACAUUUUGCGGUGAUGUUCUUUUCUGUGGUGUUCAUCCUUCUUAUGUCUUCCUUCACACUCAUUAAUACACUGGACUGAAGUUAACACAUUCCACUUGUUCACUUGUAUGGUAUUACUAAUGUAUACUUGGUGCACAUUCUCUUCUCGCGUGCACUCUGUUGGGUAGACCUGAGAUGUACAGAUAUUUAUACACGUGUCUUGGAAAUGCGUUUUAGACAGCUAAAUAAAGGUGUUUUUUGUAA